AGAAGAGGGUCCCAAAGCAUAAAUCUAUGGCUGACCGUGUUUGAAAAUAAGGGCUAAAAAUAAAAGGAUAGAAGACGAAGAAGGGGUAAUCAAAUCAACCCCAAGAGAGAGAGAGAGAGAGAGAGAGAGAGAGAGAGAGAGAGAGAGAGAGAGAGAGAGAGAGAUGAUAUAUUCUGUUUAGAGAAGUUUGAAAGUAUUGGAGUUUCUUGUUUUUGGUGUUUAGUUAGUGAUAAAAACACCAAAAAAACACAACAAUUUAGUUGUAAGUAAACUCUACCAGAUCUCUCUUUCUGUCUGUAACAACGGUAUCCCUUUAGAUUAUUGUGGUUUUUGUUUGUUUUGGUUGAUUCAGCUUCUUCUUUCAGCUAACUUGUGUUUAAAAGUAAUUUGUUUCUUACUUCUUUUUUGGCACAAUCCUACAUAUACUUCUCUUGGAAGUUUUGUUUGAAUACAUAAAACCAAACCCUUUUACCCUCUUGGCUUACUUUGUUUUUGUUUUCUUGUUUUGUUUUCAAAUCCUUCUUGUUUGUUUUUCAGACUGCUUACUAAACUACAACCAAAGCUUUCAAUCUUAAUCUUAGCUAAAAAGGCAACAAAAACUUUUGAUCAAUCAAGAUAUGAUGUCUGGUGAGAUGUUUCCUAUUCCGCUUCAAGAUCGCCAUCAACCACCACCUCAUGAACCAAACCCCAACUCUAAACCCAUCUCCAAUCUCAAGAAGAAAAGAAAUUUACCAGGUACCCCAGAUCCAGAUGCAGAAGUGAUGGCACUUUCACCAAAAUCACUAAUGGCAACAAACCGAUUUGUAUGUGAAAUUUGCAACAAAGGAUUCCAAAGAGACCAAAACCUACAACUUCAUCGGAGAGGUCACAAUCUACCAUGGAAACUAAAGCAAAGGAACCCCAAAGAACCCAUAAAGAAGAAAGUCUAUAUUUGCCCCGAAAAAACAUGUGUCCACCAUGAUCCAUCGCGGGCACUUGGAGAUCUUACCGGUAUCAAGAAACAUUAUAGCCGGAAACACGGAGAGAAGAAAUGGAAGUGUGAAAAAUGUUCCAAGAAGUAUGCAGUUCAAUCUGACUGGAAAGCUCAUUCCAAGACUUGUGGCACCAGAGAGUACAAGUGUGACUGUGGCACCCUUUUCUCCAGGAAAGAUAGUUUCAUAACUCAUCGCGCUUUUUGUGAUGCAUUGGCUGAAGAAAGUGUAAGACUUAGCUCAGUGACACCGAAUGUCCUCGGCUUGAAAAACGAAGGUAUGAACGAAUCCAUGAUGAACCCUAAUUUUCCUCAUGGAUUUUCUGGGAUCACACAAUACGGGUCCGGCUUCCGGACAGAUUUUGGGGAUCAAAACAAGCCAAGAUUAUCACUUUGGUUAGACCAAGCAAAUUCCCAGCUCAAUCUUUCUCCAAUGGAUCAAAUGAGUAUGAAUUCGAAUCUCUACAUGUCAUCAAGCUCCACGGGUUUAGCCGAUAUGGUCAAUGCUUAUGGUUCAUCAUCAAUGGCAAAUUUUACCAACUCAAACCAGGUGCCAAAUUUAUCAUUAACAGCAUUGCCAGAAGAUUUAAAAGAGGAAACCCUAGCUUCUUUAUACUCAAUGAACCAUCCCCAUCAAUCCGAAUCCACAGGUCCAAUGUCUGCGACCGCACUCCUUCAGAAAGCCGCUCAAAUGGGUUCCACUCGGAGCAACCCAUCGAUGUUUGGAACAAGUUUCGGCCUCAUGAACUCCUCCUCCACCACAUCAAACACUGCAGUCAGCUUGGUGAAAAAUAAUAUCACUCAAUUACAAGCAGUCUCCACUGCAAUGAACAAUAACAAUUCGUCAAGUUCAAGUCCUCGAGUGAGCAAUCUCGACCAGCAACAAUUAAUGAUCAUGUCAAGAAACGAAACAAUGGCACCGUUGAAGAUGAUGAACCGGAGCUUUAGUGGAGUGGACAAUGGAUUAACAAGAGACUUCUUGGGGGUGGGAGGAGAAGGUGGCCGGCCAUUGUUGCCACAAGAUCUAGUGAAUUUUGCAUCUUAUGGUUCUACCAUGGGAUCAAUGAGGCAAUUCGCUAGUAAUAAUUAGAUGUCUUCCGUAAGUUGCUUGAUUAAUUUGUAUCUCUCAUCAUCACGUGUGUUUAAUGUAGCAUAAUAAUUAUGUAUAAUAGACUCGAUUUUUUUUUUGUCAAUGGUUGCACCUUUAUUGAAAAACAAACAUUGUUAUUUUGUUAA